AUGAAGGAGAUGUGGACGACGAUGGCGUCGAUAAUGGGCGUGUGGGCCUUCUUUCAGAGCCUCCUCCACACCGUCUUCCCGCCGGAGCUCCGGUUCGCCGCCCUGAAAUUCCUCCACCGCAUCUCCGGCUACUUCUCCUCAUACUGCUACUACGACAUCACCGAGAUCGACGGCGUUAACACGAACGAGCUGUACAACGCCGUCCAGCUCUACCUGAGCUCCUCCGCGUCCCUCGCCUCCGGCACCUCGACCCGGCUGAGCCUCACCCGCGCCCUCAACUCCUCCUCCAUCACCCUCGGCCUCUCCAACAACGACCGCCUCUCCGACACCUUCCUCGGCGCCCCCGUCGAGUGGGAGCACGUCGUGGUCCCCCGGCAGCCCCAGUCCUUCUCCUGGCGGCCCCUCCCCGAGGAGAAGCGCGGCUUCACCCUCCGCCUCCGCAAGCGGGACAAGCGCCUCGUCCUCGGCCCAUACCUCGACCACGUCAUGGAACGCGCCGCCGACAUUCGCCGCCGCAGCCAGGACCGCCUCCUCUACACCAACUCCCGCGGCGGCUCCCUCGACGCCCGCGGCCACCCCUGGGAGUCCGUCCCCUUCAAGCACCCCUCCACCUUCCACACCCUCGCCAUCGACCCCGACAGAAAAGCCCAGAUCAUGUCCGACCUCUCCGACUUCGCCGCCGGCGAGUCCUUCUACCAGAAAACCGGCCGCGCCUGGAAGCGCGGUUACCUCCUCUACGGCCCCCCCGGCACUGGGAAAUCCAGCAUGAUCGCCGCCAUGGCCAACUACCUCGGUUACGACAUCUACGACCUCGAACUCACCGAGGUCAACACAAACUCCGAACUCCGAAAGCUCCUCAUGAAAACCACUUCCAAAUCCAUAAUCGUCAUCGAGGACAUCGAUUGCUCCAUAAGCCUCACAAACCGCAGCAAAACCAGCAAUCCCGGCGGCCCACGGAAGACCGGCGGCGGCGGCCUCGACACGCCAGGUGACGACUGCGGAGCAAACACAAACACCAACACAAUCACGCUUUCAGGGCUGCUCAACUUCACGGACGGCCUUUGGUCGUGCUGCGGGAGCGAAAGGAUAUUCGUGUUCACGACCAACCACAUCGAGAAGCUGGAUCCGGCGCUGCUGAGAAGCGGGCGGAUGGACAUGCAUAUCCACAUGAGCUACUGCACGGCUCAUCCUCGCUAUGGUCAGAACUCAGAUCCACAACCCGACUACACCCUUGCUAGCAAUUCAUCGAAACCUCUACCAGGUUACCGUGCGCGAAUCAUUUUCCCACCAUACUCAUUUCAUCAUCUGGAUACCAACCGCCACCGCGAGUCAUCAGUCCCAACAACUCUGACCGACACUUAG